AUGUGCGCAAACAGGCGUGCAAUUUUCAUUGAGAGUCCUCAUAGUGCAGUAUCUACGCAAACCAACUGGUCAGUCACAAACUGUGCAGUGCAAACACACAAGCCCUUGCGACGAGAUACUCCCUCUCAAACUUUGAUGAAUACCAAUGUCAAGCAAGAGGUUUAUCAUGUUGAAAUUCAGACUGAACUAGUUCGUAAUUCCAUAGCAGUGCAAUCUUGUGUUGUACCGUAUGCGACUUCUGUUGUUCAAACUGAAAACAAAGAAGUGAUUGAUACAGAUAUACAGACCCAUUGGGAAAUUAGGUCAGUUCAAACUCAAACAACUGGAAAGAUACUUGAAGACGCUUCAAUUCAAACACUAGUCAGUGGGUAUCAAGAGUCAUCCGUUCAAGUAGAAACAGAGUUAUCUUUGUCCUACCAUAUGUUUAAUGCUCUGCGAGCGAUGGAAACAAGCACACUAGACCACCAUUUGCUCGUCAUGGUGAUGAACUCUCUUUUUAUUUCUUUUUCUCAAAUUAAGAAUCAAUUUCCUUCAGGGGACUAUUACCCCAUAUUUUUAACUGCUCUCCAAAUAUUGAAAAAGCACUUGGAUAUCUCAGAGGAAAGGCUUCCCUUGUUGUGUGAAACAGAAUGGGACCAGAUAUCUGGUAUACUCUUAUUUUGUUCUUCGAAUUUAGCUGCACUAACCAACGAGACUUUUAUUUUCAUGUUAUGGCGAAUGAUAAAAGAGCAAAAAGGUGUGCUUACACACAACCAAACUCAGACAUUUGUCGUAAGCCUCCAUAAGUCCAUACAUCAAGUUAGAUCGAAAACGUACACAAUGUUUGCAUUGAAGAUUUUACUGCAGUUGGAUUUAAGCGAAAGCAAUGAUAAGUUUACACAAUUUGUUUGCUAUGACCAUCUCAGAGAUUAUGUGAACUCAUUAGACUCCAAUUCUGAGGGUCUACUUCUUGAUGUAGUUAAUUACGUUUCCAUAUUCAGUGAUUGUUAUAUUAAUCAAUUAACAGAGGAUUACUCGAUGCUUGACAUAUUGAAAAUAGACUGUAUUCAAUUUAUCGAAGAGGAUGGUGAGAGAGUCAUAGCUCUGUCACUACUUGACAAGCUUUAUCACCUUAUUUCCAACCUUAGAAUUUCUAAAAUCACUGGUAAUCAGAACAUCUGUGAUUUAUUCUUUAUAACAUAUCCAGAAAAUAGAAAAAUCACAGCCAACAUAGAACGAAAUCAGCAACUCAUUAUUGAAAAUAUCGAAAGCAAUACAUUAGAAGAGAUUGAGUGUUGGGAAUUAAUCGAAUCAAGAAUUAUCCAGUAUAUAGAUAUCAUUCAUAGUAACGAGUUGGAUAGAUCCACUAUUCUCAAUUUCUAUGUGAUAUUGACGUUUGUCAUGUCAAAAUCAGCCUCCGUAGAUCAACAUUGUGUCGCCAUUACCGCACUUGAACAUCUAAAAUAUGUUACCAUUACCAAUAGCUCUCCUUUGACACUCAUUUUCCGCCAUCUUCACACAAUUUUACAGUCUGUUGAAGUUUUGGAAACAUUUGUCAAAUUGUUGGGAGUAACUUGGAUAUAUGACAUUUGUUUGAAAAAUAUGAAUUUGGAACUAGUAGAUUUAUCAUUUAAUGUGUUGACCUUAUGUUUAAAUUAUUAUCCUAUUCAACAUUUACUAUUUGUACUGAGCUCAGAGAAAGCAAUGGGUCGCAUUGAAGAAUAUUUUGGAUAUUUAUGUGGCCAAAGGAAAAAGGAAUAUUUAGAAAUUGUUGGUAGCUCCUUGAAAACACAAACAGAGUUAAUUUUCAAGUCGCUUACCUCUCCGUCCAAAGAAUACUUUGGCGAGUUUCCAUUGGUCAAAUUUACACUCCAACAUGUUGACUCGGAUUUAGGUAGCUUUUUUGUAGAUCUAUUGAACAUAUGUUUUUCAGAGCUGUCAAAGCAACUCAGUUCCAAAACAGGUCAAGACAAGUAUUUUACUUUUUGUAAAUAUUUAAGCAAGGACAUUUUUGGAACCUCUCUACGAAACUGUUUGAGAAGGUACAUGGAUAUCCCUGCAAGUUCUCAAGAAUUAUGCGGCGUUUUGACACUGCUUGUCCAUGUUGGAAAUAUCUACUCUCAAACACAGAACAAAAUUACUACGAAACAUUUGCAAGGUAUAAUACCAAUAUUGACUCUAGAGAUGGUGGACCAAAUGAGAGGACAGGAUAAUAGUUGUCAAGCAAAAUAUGUGACAUGUAUCUUUGCCUUAUUACAAUGUAGGAUGACAUUGUCUCAACAGUUAUCAAUACUGAGCUCAGAAGUACCUUCGUUUUGUCUGGAAUGCAUUGUGAGAGAUGGAAUUCCAAUUUCUAUUAACUCACCAUUUUCUAAGUUGUUAUCGAUCCUGUUAAACAGCAGUACAAACAACACUUGCCAACGGAUUGUCCUAGCAUUGAGCGAAAACAAGGCAGUCACAUAUAAUCAAAAUGAAAUGGUCCGAAAAUUAGAGUAUGAUUUAUCAAGCGGAUUUAUGAAAAUUAAUUGUUCAGAAACACCUGUUCUUCCUAUUUUGCUUUUUUCAAGUAGAUUUUUCCAGUCUAAAAGUUUGCCAUGUGAAUUGGAAAUAGAUUUACUUGAGAGAUGUGCUUACGUACUGAGAGAAGGCAUGAACCUUUUGUUGCCUAUCGAACAACUGGUUGACCCAUUUAUUGAGGAAGGUAAAAAACACGAGGCCGAAGAUAUGAAAGCGUCGUUGUUGAGUACAAAAUUUAAACCAACAAUCAGUAAGACUACGAGUUAUUUUUGGAGCCAUAUUUCUUCAAUAACCAAUUACAUUUUGACGCAAUUGAAACUAAACAAAGAAAGUGCAUUGGGAUUAUCCCCUCCGUUUGAAAUAAUUGGAAAAAAACGAAUGAAGGUUUUGAAUUCAGUGCUGAGAGUGAUUUCAGACGACCAGUUUUAUGCAUUCAAUAUUUUUACUCAAUCAAGUUUGAUAGAUUUGUUGAACGCAUGCCACGCAUUUUUAGACGCAAAACUUAAGGCAGAGCAUUCUCAAUGGAACUUGUUGGACGAGUCUUCGCAACUUGUAAUUGAAUGCAUUACCAUUCUACAAAGAAAAAACUCAGCUCAAAAUGCAGAAAAGCCCAAUACUGUUUCUCUACAAAAAGUUCCUAUCAUCUUUAAUUUAGGUCUAAAGAAGCUCAUAUUUUCAAUCAAAACAACAAUAGAUUUGUCAAAGCCCAAAGACGAAAUUAUUGUUCAACGAGAUAAGAUUCUAGAAUGCUCCAUCAAUGAGUUUAUGAAGCGAAAAAAGAGUGAAUUGCAAACACGGCAAUGGAAGAUUAAAUUCAAAGACGAGGAAACUAUUGAUAUCUUGGGAGUGAGGAGAGAAUUUAUCACUCUACUUUGCGCUGAAAUAUGUCGUGAUUCUAUGUGGAAUUCUUCUGAAGAUUACAAACUCUAUCCAAAUAGAGAUGCAACAGAUCGAUCGAGUUUGAUCAAGUUUGAAUUUUUUGGUCGGCUAUUGGGCAAGUGCUUGAUUGAAUCAAUUUUGGUUGAUAUAAGACUCACAAAAUUUGUCUACAAGAAGUUGCUUGGGAAGAAAUUGUGUUAUCAAGACAUCAGCUCCAUUGAUGCCUCACUGUACAAAAAUAAGCUGUUAUGGAUACGAGAUAACGAUGUUUCUGAACACUUAUGUCUUAGUUUUUCAGUUGAAGAUGGCAUUUCCUCUGAAGUUGAACUAUGCCCAAAUGGUAAAAACAUUGCAGUUACAAACGACAACAAACAUGAGUACUUGGAUUUAUUGGUUGACUUUUUAUUGAAUAAGGAUAUUGAAAAGCAAUUACUUGCUCUCUAUAAGGGUUUUCAGAUAUUGUUGAUCUUCAACGAGUUCAAUCAUUUGAUGAAGAAGAACUCGAGUUGA